AAAAGACUGGGGCUGAACAGGGUGGAGGGAGCAUUGGAAUGGCACUCCGGGCAAAGGCAGAGGUGUGCAUGGCAGUGCCUUGGCUGUCCCUGCAAGGGGCACGGGCACUGGGCACCAGAGCAGCUCAGGCCCCCAGGACGGUGCUGCCCUUUGAAGCCAUGCCCCAACUUCCAGGCAACAGGUGGCUAAGGCUGCUGCAGAUCUGGAGGGAGCAGGGUUAUGAGCACCUGCACCUGGAGCUGCACCAGACCUUCCAGGAGCUGGGGCCCAUUUUCAGGUCUGAGUCGGGAGGACCACGCACGGUGUGGGUGAUGCUGCCGGAGGAUGUGGAGAGGCUGCAGCAGGUGGACAGCCUGCACCCCCGCCGGAUGAGCCUGGAGCCCUGGGUGGCCUACAGACAACAUCGUGGGCACAAAUGUGGCGUGUUCUUGCUGAACGGGCCUGAAUGGCGCUUCAACCGAUUGCGGUUGAACCCCGAUGUGCUGUCACCCAAGGCUCUGCAGAGGUUCCUCCCGAUGGUGGAUUCGGUGGCCAGGGACUUCUCCCAGGCCCUCAGGAACAAGGUGCUGCAGAACACCCAGGGCAGCCUGACCCUGGACAUCCAAUCCAGCAUCUUCCACUACACCAUAGAAGCCAGCAACUUAGCCCUUUUUGGAGAGCGGCUGGGCCUGGUUGGCCACAGCCCCAGCUCUGCCAGCCUGAGCUUCCUCCAUGCCCUGGAGGUCAUGCUCAAAUCCACCGUCCAGCUCAUGUUCAUGCCCAGGAGCCUGUCUCGCUGGACCAGCCCCAAGGUGUGGAAGGAGCACUUUGAGGCUUGGGACUGCAUCUUCCAGUAUGGUGAUAACUGUAUCCAGAAAAUCUAUCAGGAACUGGCCCUCAGCCACCCUCAACACUACACGGGCAUCGUGGCGAAGCUCCUGUUGAAUGCGGAACUAUCUCCAGAUGCCAUUAAGGCCAACUCGAUGGAACUCACCGCAGGGAGUGUGGACACGACGGUGUUUCCCUUGCUGAUGACGCUCUUUGAGCUGGCUCGGAACCCCGACGUGCAGCAGGCCCUGCGCCAGGAGAGCCUGGCCGCCGCAGCCAGCAUCAGUGAACAUCCCCAGAAGGCAAUCACCGAGCUGCCCCUGCUGCGGGCGGCUAUCAAGGAGAGCUUGAGGCUCUACCCUGUGGGCCCCUUUUUGGAGCGAGUGGUGAGCUCAGACUUGGUGCUGCAGAACUACCACAUCCCCGCUGGGAUGUUGGUGCGUGUGUCCCUCUACUCUCUGGGUCACAACCCCGCCUUGUUCCCGAGACCUGAGCGCUAUAGCCCCCAGCGCUGGCUAGACAUGAAGGGCUCUGGCAGGAACUUCCAGUACAUGCCCUUCGGCUUUGGCAUACGCCAGUGCCUGGGAAGGCGCCUGGCAGAGACGGAGAUGCUGCUGCUGCUGCACCACGUGCUGAAACACCUCCAAGUGGAGACACUAACCCAAGAGGAUAUAAAGAUGGUCUACAGCUUCAUAUUGAGGCCCAGCACGUACCCCCUCCUCACCUUCAGGACUCUGCACCCAGGGUCCCAGCCUGGCCACCAGCCUCCCUCUGCCUGACUGAGGCCACCCCACUUCUCUCCCAUGUGCACAACUUUCUGAGCCACCCCUCUGUCUAGCCAGCCUCAGCACAAAUGGAAUUCCUGAGGGCCUCCAGGACCUGGGCUUGCUAGGUUAAGCAGCAAGGCCACGGUACAGGUGGGACGAUCUUGCUGGCAGGGCCUUGUCCCCAGCCCCACCUGGCCCCUUCUCCAGCAAGCAGUGUCCUCUGGGCAGUUUGGCCCCAUCCCUCCAGGCUCCGCGUGUGGCCAUGCAAGGGUGCUGUGAUUUUAUCCCUUGGCUUCCUGCCUAGUCUCACAUGUACCUGUCCCUCUCCCCCUGGUCAGCGCCUCUGUGCAGACUGUGUCAGAGUCAGUAAGCAGGAUCCCAGCAUCUCAGAGUCAAGUUCCCUCCUGCAGCCUGCCUUGGCUCGAGCAUGCCCUGAGAGCUCUGAAAGUUGUCACCUUGGAAUAGGGUGCUGCAGGGUAGAGUAAAAAGGCCCCUGUGGUCCCUUGUCCUGACACAUCCCCAGUUUCGAGUGACACAACUGAGUCUCGAGGGACCUAUGUCCCUACAGCUGAUCAUGUCAGCCUCAUGCCCCAGGCCUCGUCUUCCAUGGACCAGGCCUUGUUCCAGCAGCUGGCGUUGGGUCCUCUGCUUCCUGUGCUGUCCCCUGGGGAAGGUCCCGAGGAUGCUGUGAGGAGAGGGAAGAGUCUUGUAGGGUGAGAAGCUUGGGCGUGGUUCCAGAAAUGUUUCUGCCAACAGGAGAGACAGGAUUGGGCCAACAGGGACUCGGAUGCCUUUUAUUCACUCGUUCCUGGUUGAUACAGAGCUAUGCCAUGUGCCAGGACCUGGGGUGGGCACAGGAAGGUUGCGCCACAGUGCUCCUGUGCAGGGAGAGGAAGUGCCCAGGGUGAGAGUGUGUCAGCCAGACUGUCCUUAUCCCCAAGGAUUUUCAUCAGGGCAAAGGUCACAGCCACCAGCUCCUGGUGGCCGAUGAGGAUCAGAGCUUUUGUUUCCCCAUGAAAGUGGAAAUUCCUAGGCCAUCAUUCCAGGUGUGGUCAGUAGUUCCAGGACGCCCUGCGGGACUCAGCAGUACAGGGAGAGGAACUGCCCCAGGUUGGGAGGACACCUAGCUAGAGUUCUUGGUGUUAAUCUACUCAGGCUGCUCUAAGAAAAUGCCAUAGCCUGGGUUGUUGACAAACACUAGAAAUCUAUUUCUUAUGGUUGUGAAGGCUUAGAAGGGUAGGAUGGAGGUGUCAGCAGGUUCUGUGGCUGGCGAGGAUCCACCCCUUGGUUCAUAGCUAAAACCUUGCUGUUUCCUCACAUCGGGGGAGAGGGCAAGACAAGCCCCCUGGGGCCUCUGAUAAAAGGAUGCCAAUCCCAUUCAUGAGGGCACUGCCUUCAUUUCCUCCCCUCCUCAAUGGACUUGCCCUGCCAUUACCAUUACCUUGUGACUAGAUUUCAGCCUAAGAAUUCUGGAGAGCAGACACAGAAAUUCAGAUUAAACUAUCUUGCUUCCGUUUCCCUAAAAUCUACAUCCUUCUCAUAUACAAAAUACAUACAUUUCUCCCCAGUAGCCCCAAAUGUCUUAGCUCAUUUUACCAUCAACUUUAAAAUUGUAAUCCGAAGUAUAAUUUAAAUGUUAUCUGAGUCAAAUAUGGAUAAAAUUCAGGGUACAGUUACCCUGAGUCAAACUGCUCUUGCUGUAAACCUAUGAAAUCAAACAUGUUACGUGCUUCCAAAAUACAGUGGUUGGAGAGGUGUAGGGUAAACAUUCCCAUUCCAGAAAGGAGAACCAGGAAAGAAGAAAGGAGUAAAAAGUUUCAGGCAACUGCAAGUGGAAUGUGACAAACAACAUUAAACCUUGUACCUCGAGAGUAA